GGUGAGUCUAAAACUGUCCGUUAAGUCUCAGCAGGUUUCUGCCCUUCCGCCGUCGUCCCCAUGAUUCCUCCUCCUUCUCUCCACGUUCACAGUCGGUCGGUUGUCUCCUUCCCCAACCAUUCAAUUGGUUUCCUUCAAGAACUGAAAAUCGGUUUUAUUGAAGAACUGCAACACACUAUUGCUAGAAAUCAACCAGUUUCCGUAUACUGUACUGGAUUCCUAGCUCCACAGAAAACACCUUUCUUCUCCACGUUCGCACUUCUUCGUUCUUCUAAACUGUCUAAGCGGUUACCAUAGGCGACUAUAUAAUCUCAGGCAGACAACCGACCUUGCUUACUGAAAAUUGAAGAUUGAAGAUAAGGGCUUGAACCCUAAUUUCACUUCUUCAUAUUACGAGCUCUAUCUCCUGUUGCGCCUCCUAUAUCUCCAUGGUCGUCAUCAAUGGCUGACUUCUCUUCAGUUUACAAUGUGCAACAACUCAAGCUUGUCACAGAACACUGGUUUGACAACAAUGGUGGCAAUAAAGGUUGCAGUGGCAGUGGUGGUGGCCAUCGCCCUAGGAAGUGGCAGUGGUGGUGACCACCGUGGUAGUAGUGGUGGUCACCGCGGUGGAAGUGGCAGUGGCGACAGCGGUGGUGACCAUCGUGGUGUCAGUGGUAGUGGCGGCAACGGUGGUGGUGGCAAAGGCUCUGGCCGUGGUGGUGACUGCUGCGGUGGCUUUUAUGGUGGUGGCGGACGCCGUAGUAGCGUCACUGAGAAAUUAUUUGCUGAUUAUGCUCUACCGCUUGGGAGAGCUGAGGUGGGAGACAUUGUUGCACCACGAGUGGGGUUGCACAAAGGCAAAUAUCGGAGGGUUAUCAAUAUCGAAGGGGGGUAAAAUGCAUGUCGAACUACAGAGUGGGAGGAAGCCAAUAUUGAGUUGCAAGCGUUUAAAUUUUUUUUUUGUUUAUUAUAGAACUAUGCAUUCUUAUUACAUAGUUAAAAGAAUAUUGGCUCACAAUUUUUAUAGAUAGCAAGUCCACUGCUUUGGAGAUCAUUAAGAAAAAGCCGAAGGGCAGGUACUUGUUUUUGUUUAAUUUUUAUGUUAAGGUUUUUAUCUUACUUAUGAUUUGUUCUUUUGUUUAGUGUUGGCAGCACUUAUGGUACCAAGGUUAAAUGCCACCGUGGUGGUCCUGGUGAUCGAGGUGGAGGCCAUGAUGAUCAUGGUGGUUUCAGUGGAGGAAAUGCCAAACGUCGCAAGCUUCACUAAUAAUGUAGAAUUUGGAGAAAAGAAUUAGUUUUGAUCAAAGUGAGAUCUAGUACUUUUUUUUAUUUGUUUGUGUUCUUAAUCAUAUUAUACCUUAAAUUUAGAUUGUGGUUUUCUAUGAUCCUAAAACAAUCCCAUUUUUACCAUUUUGAAUUUUGCCAAAAAUUCCUUUUUGACCAAAAUUUUCUUAUUUUAUUCAAUUUUUACUUACAAAAUGCUUAUUUUGCAUCAUUUUUUAUAUGAUACCAAAAUUUAGAAAACGACUUCUAAAUUAUAAGUUAUUUUUGUGUUAUAAAAAUAUGUUUUUAACCUAUUUUGUAUAAGACAAAAAUAGCUUAUAAUUUAGAAGCUGUUUUCUAAGUUUUGACAUCAUAUAAAAAAUGGUGCAAUAUAAGUAUUUUGUAAGUAAAAAUUGAAUAAAAUGAGGAAAUUUUGGUCAAAAGGGAUUUUUGGCAAAAUUCAAAUGGUAAAAAUGAGAUUGUUUUAGGAUCAUAGAAAACGACAAUCUAAGUUUAGGGUAUAAUAUGAUUAAGAACACAAACAAAUAUAAAAAGUACUAGAUCUCAAUUUGAUGAAAACUAAUUCUUUUCUCAAAAUUCUACAUUAUUAGAGAACCUUGGAACGUUUGACAUCCCCGCCACUGAAACCACUAUGAUCAUCAUGGCCUCCACCUCCAUCACCAGGACCACCACGGCGGCGUUUAACCUCGCUACCACAAGUGCUACCACCACUAAACAAAAGAACAAAUCAUAAGUAAGAUAAAGACCUUAACAUAAAAAUUAAACAAAAACAAGUAUCCGCCCUUCAGCUUUUUCUUAUUGAUCUCUAAAGUAGUCGACUUGCUAUCUGCAGAAACUGAGGACCAAUAUUAUUUUAACUAUGUAAUAAGAAGGCAUAGUUCUAUAAUAAGCAACAAAAAUUUAAACACUUGCAACUCAAUACUGGCUUCCUCCCACUCUAUAGUUCGACAUGCAUUUUACUCUCUUCGAUACCGAUAACCCUCCCAUGUUUGCCAUUGUGCACCCCUGCUCGUGGUGCAACAGUGUCUCCCACCUCAGCUCUCCUGAGCGGUAGAGCAUGAUCAAAAAAUAAUUUCUUGGUGACUUCAGUGGUUAAAAUAAGGUUAAUUGAUAUGAAGAAGGAUCAAACAUUUAAGAUAAAAAACAAUCUCUUACCGCUACUGCGGCGGCCGCCACCGCCAUAAGAGCCACCGCAGCGGCCAAAGCCCUUGCGACCGCGGUGGCCACCACCGGUGCCGUCACUGCCAAUGCCACCAUUUUUGUCAAACCUAAACAAUAGAUAGGAAUAAGAAUCAUAACCAAUGUAAGAAUCAUAAAUAAGAAAAAUACAAGUAUUACCAGUUUUCUAUGACAAGCUUGAGUUGAUGCACACUAUAAACUGCAAAAGCAUGAACGGUAAUAAGAAUAGAAUGAACGGUAAACAUAUCA